AUGGCCAUGCCGAGACAGAAGAACGAUUCGAGCUCUGGUUCGCGCCUUGGUUCGCGCACCCGAAGCCAUGUUUCGCAUCCCGAGAAGCCAGUUGAACCGGGGGAGGACCCUAACGACGCCGACUUCAAGCGCCGUCAGCAUACCAGCCGAGGGCGAUGCGUGGUCCAGGAGACAACCGCAGGCUGUUUCCGGAGCGCGGCCCCGUGGAGGCCUUUCCUCGUGCCGGCCGGAGCGCGCAUGCCCCUGCGUACGCGGUCGUCGCCGCCGACGCCCACGUCGAGGCCGUCGACGGCAGCCGGGGCCAGGACGACCAGUUCCGACGACGAGGAGGACUACGAUGACGAACGGAGGCACGGCUACGAACUCACGACGAGCCGGCGGCCACGUGACCCCUACCUGACCCUGGACGAAGGCGGAGGCGCAUGCGUCGUGGUCGUGGCUCCCGGACCUAUGGCGGCUGCCGCGGCCGCGGCCUCCAAGCGACAGAACCGGCGCCGGCGGCCCCCGACUCCCGUUGGGGGCGACGGAUUCCCGAGCGUCGGGGACGAACUGCGAACGUGCACCGUCGCGUCGCUGAGCGCGGCGGCGGCCGUCGGUGUCCCGUACGCCGAAACCUCGUGCGGCGUCGCCGGGCGUUCCUCGUCCUCCUGUUCCUCCCGCUCCACGGUGUUCGACGCCGACGACGUCGGGCCCGAGCACCGCGGCCCGAGGAGCGCCGACGACGCCAGCCACGACCGCCGAAGCGUCAGCAGCAGCCGAACCAACAGCGGCGAACCCGCUCCGAGACGCUUCCGCCACUCGAAGCUGGGGGCGCGCCUGAUGCUGGCGGUGCUGGGCGGUUCCUCGGUGGUGCUGCUGGGGCUCCUGCUGGCCUACAACACGCAGCUCGAGCAGAACAUCAUCCACAGGGUGAAGUCCGUGUUCGACAAGGGCCAGGGCAAGCGCCAGGCACGAGCAGACGCCAACGCCACGCACUACACUGGUGUCACGGGGAGCGUGGACGAGGCGGCGCCACGGGACCCGCACCGCGGCAGCAGCUCGACGACCACCACCGAGCCGUCCACGCUGCCCGAGAGCGCCGAAGAGUUCGAGCAGCGCCUGCGCCAAAUGGUGUCGCACUUCUGGACGCCUCGCGACGACAACGACUACGUCGGCAGAGGCGGCUUCGGCUUCGACCCGCCCCGAGCCAUAGCCACUCGCCGGGGCUGGCCGGACGGCGGACGAGGCGACGACGUCGACACCGGAGCGGCCGCCCGGCCGCCGUUGCCGGAGGGCGGCGGCGUCAACGAACCCACCGAGCCGCUGUCGCAGCCUCUCGUGAGGGACGCGCUGCACCGGAGAACCGACUGGUUCCUGGUUCAGGCGCGACGCAGCCACGGCCGCCUGCCCGACGCGAACUGGGCCGGCGACGGCAAGAGCGGCAACGCGUCCGGGGACGGCGUGGUGGAAAUCGAACAAUUGUGGCACGAAGGCGACGAUGCGGACGAAGACGACGGAGCGCGUGGGGUUCGAUGA